AUGAACGAAGGCCUUCAAGAGCGUUUCGGCCGCUCGCGAACCGCUGUUCGCCACGAAGGCGACACGGCCAAGGUUUGCUUUCUGCCGCCGAAACUGAACCCAAAAGUUCGCGAGUACUUUGAGCCCGGCGAAGUCGAAGGCGGCGCCUGGCUCUCCAAGCCUGAGAUCCCGACAUCAGCGGAAGUGCUUGAUCUCGACACUGUCAGCGCAAGCGCUUCUGACGUGAUUGAGCUGGAGCCCAACAGACCACAUGGCCCUUGGCAGUCUAAGGAGCAGUACUUGAGCACUCUCUACGAGCUGUACCGCGAAGAUGCCCUCCGCGGCCUUCGCGAAGCAGUCUCAAUGACUCGCCACACUCCACAUGCCGCUGAAGACGCAUUCAAUGGCAAAGUCGGCAUCUAUACCAAGGUUCACAUCUGCGGCGCGACUUUGUCUACACGUGGCUUCGCCGUCCGCGUCACUUUCAGUCUCCUCCGCGCUGGCAAGAAAGUCCUGUGGGAACAGUCAAAGCGCCUCAUCGCCGGCAGCUUGGUCGUUCUUACACCAAUGAAUAACAAGUUCGUGUCUCGCGCUAUUGUCGCCACUGUUGCCGCUCGACCACUGGAGGGACUUCAGCAGAAUCCACCCGAGCUUGAUCUCGCCUUUGCCCGUCCCGAGGAGUUAGAGCUGGAUCCUGCUACGGAAUAUCUUAUGGUAGAGGACCGUAGCGGACUUUUCGAAGCUAAUCGGCACACCUUGCUUGGCCUUCAGCGCAUGAUGCGCGAGGUUUUCCCCUUGUCAGAGCACCUCGUUAGUGUACAGCCUCGCAUUUCAGCGCCUGAGUAUGUCAAAGCACAGCCGAAGCGAGAUCUAAGCUCUGUCCUAGUCAACAACUCUAACGAGAGCUUCGAGAACAACAACUCUAACGAGAGCUUCGAGAAUGUUGACAUUGUCAAGCACUGGCCUUCUAAGCCUAACAGUGCUCUGGAUGCCUCUCAACUGGAAGCGCUUCGACGUAUUCUGACGAAGCGGCUUGCCAUUAUUCAAGGCCCACCCGGAACUGGCAAGACCCAUGUCUCUGUACAAGCUAUCAAAGUAAUGCUCGAGAACUGGAACAAGGGCGAUCCACCAAUAAUCAUCGCUUGUCAGACUAACCACGCUAUCGACCAGUUUUUACGUCACAUCGCUGUAUUCGAGGAAGAAUUUGCACGUCUCGGUGGUCGCAGCAAGGACAAGGAUGUCGUCAAGAAGCGGACUCUCUACGCCCUCCGCAUAGCAACUUCAGAGAAUCCUCCUUCUGGCUGCCUCUCAGGUUGGGCUAAGAAGAGAAUGGUGGACUUGCAGAAGGAGAUUAGCGUGAUGCUCUCUCCGCUCCAGCCUGCCGAAAAGCCGAUGGACUUCUGUACACUUCGAGAAUUCAAGAUCCUCACCAAGAAGCAGGCGGACUCUCUUGAAUCUGGUGCAUCAAGAUGGGUGCAAGACAAGAGGACCAACCCAAAUCAAGCUCGGUCGCCGUUCACUAUUUGGCUCGCCGACAAACUCAGACCUGUUCCUAUUAAGCAACCACCAGAAGAGUUUGGCUUUGACUUUGAGGAGGCGGAUCUGGAAUUCGAACAGCUGAAAGAGUUGGAAGCCGAGAACGCUGCCAAAGACGACGAGGACUUUGAGACUCUCCGAGGUCCGUACCUGCCUCUUGCCGAUAACUUUACCUGCCACCCGACACCAGGCAUGGACUCGAAAGCAAAGGACUUUCUCAAAGAGCAAGACAUGUGGAAGAUCCCAGAAGCUAGCAGGCCUUCAGUGUACCGCUAUCUGCAAGCUGAGAUGAAGCGAUGCAUCACGGCUGCGGUGCGGGAGAAGGUCAAGAAGUUCGACGAGGAGGCUAAGAAGCGCAAGAUCGGCAUGUGGGAGGUCGACGAGAACAUCCUCAAGAAGCAAAAGAUCAUCGGCAUGACCACCACAGGUCUCAGCAAGUACCGCGGCCUCAUUUCCGCGCUGCAGCCUCGUGUCGUUCUCAUCGAGGAAGCGGCCGAGACGCUCGAAGCUCCGGUCACUGUAGGAUGCAUGCCUUCCGUCCAGCACCUGAUCCUCGUCGGCGACCACAAGCAGCUUCGACCACACACUCAUGUGCCGUCUCACGAAAAUGAGCCAUUCUUCCUCAACGUCUCGCUUUUUGAGAGGAUGGUCAACAACGGCGUCGAGUUCAGCACGCUCACCAAGCAGCGUCGCAUGAUUCCGGAGAUCCGUCGAAUCCUCCACCCUAUCUAUGCCAACCUCAUCAAAGACCACUCGUCUGUCGCAGACCGGGAUCAUCGACCGGAUGUGCCUGGCAUGGGUGGAGUCAACUCCUGGUGGUUCACGCACCAGUGGGCUGAGCAGCGAGAUGAUUCCAUGUCCUGCUACAACCCCAUGGAAUCCGGCAUGAUCGUUGGCUUUGUGGAAUACCUUGUCUACAACGGCAUGGAGACCGAAGACAUUACUGUUCUCACCUUCUACAAUGGACAGCGGAAGCGUAUCCUGUCCGAGCUCCGCCAACGCCAAUCAUUGGGAGGCCGCAUCUUCAACGUUGCCACUGUCGACUCAUACCAAGGUGAAGAGAACAAGGUCGUCAUCCUGAGUCUUGCACGCUCAAACGACAGCAAGCAGAUUGGUUUUCUGGGCGUCGACAACCGUGUGUGCGUGGCUCUCUCUCGCGCUCAAUGCGGCUUCUACAUCUUCGGCAAUGGCAAGCUACUCGUGCGCAAGCUGGUUCUUCCUGCCAAGCCCAAGACCUGGACGCAAGUCAUCACCAUCAUGGCUGGUUCUGGUGAGCCUUCUGAGGUGCCGCGACUUGAAGCUGCACGCUUCGAUCAGAAGAUUACAGUGCGCUGCCACAAGCACAACAAAGCGACCGAUAUCAAAGAGCCUGAGGAUUGGGAGAAGUUCGUGGGUGGAUGCGAUGUUCCUUGCGGCGAGCUUCUGUCCUGCGGUCACCCUUGCCCAGUCACUUGCCACCCCUUCUCCCACGACCACGUCUCUUGCGACACUUGUCGGACUCCCAAGCCGACCGCCACGGAGUUCCCUUUGGCUCUCAAGGAUAUCUCCAAUGGUCAAGACGUUGGUGAGCCGGGCACUCCUUCUCGCGGCUCCGUGUCUGACGCCCACUCUUGGAACUCUUUUGCUUCGAGCGAGGAGGAGCGCAUCAAGAAGGCCAAAGCUGCCUACAAGUCCAAGUCCACGACUCAUCGCACAGGCUCAGAGUCAGACGGUGAACUGCUUGAUUUGGGUGAUGCGACCAGCAAGCUCACCUUCGGUCGGGAGGGUGCGAGCUAUGAGCACUCGAUGAAAGAGAAGGAUGCUGGCAAUGGUCGCACGAAGUGGAAGUGCCAGUAUGGUUCUGGACAGUCUCCGGCGAAGUCUCAGGAGGACUGGUCAGCUCGGGAGAGCCUUCUUAACUAG